UCCCCCACACACUUCUCAAAAAAAUAAUAUCGCCCCUCCCGCUCCGCUCCUCCUCCCCCCGAACUUUGCACGGCCAUUCCACCACACCUCCUCCGCAUCGCGCGCCACCGGCCGCCAUGGCCGCCGCCUCCCUCCUCGAAUCCACGCGCUUCCUCUCCCUGCCACCCCCGCGCUCGCUCCCGCCCCGCCGCGGCCUGCACCUCCUCAGCCCCUCCUCGCCCCUCCCCGACCGCGACCGCGCCCCGCGCCUCCGCGCCCACCCGAGCCCCCGACUCCCACCUGUCACCGAGACGGCUGCGGCGAGACCGCCACACCCGCUGCUCGACGCGCUCAAGAAGUCCCUCUCCGACACUCUCGCGGCGCUCAAGAAGCCCGCGCUGGCGCUCCUCCUCGCCGGCGCGCUGCUCGCGGCCGCGGGUCCCCACCACGCGGCGCUGGCUGCCUCUGGGGGCCGCGUCGGCGGGUCCGCCUUCUCCUCGCGAUCGUCGAGGUCCUCGCCGUCCUACGGGUACACCGCGCCGGCGCCCAGGGGUGGGUACUCGGCCGCGCCGUUCUACUCGCCCUCGCCGUUCGUGUCCGUCGGCCCAGCCGUUGGCAUAGGGUUCGGGGGGUCUGGAUUCCUCUUGACGCUGGUGGGGUUCGCGGCGUUUCUAUACCUCGCUGGGUUCCUCUCCGACUCGUCCGGGGGCGGAAGCGUGCUCACCGAGACGCAGAAGACCACCGUCCUCAAGCUGCAGGUUGGAUUGUUGGGCAUGGCCCGAUCAUUUCAGAAAGAGCUUGAUCAAAUAGCCGAGAAAGCAGAUACGUCUACCCCAUCUGGGUUGAGCUAUGUGCUGACAGAGACAACAUUGGCAUUACUUCGGCAUCCAGAUUGCUGUAUAUCAGCUUACUCAACAGUUGAUGUCAAGCGAAGCAUAGAUGAUGGAGAGAAACGUUUCAAUCAACUGUCAAUUGAGGAACGGGGCAAGUUUGAUGAAGAAACACUCGUGAAUGUGAACAGUAUAAAGAGGCAAAAGGCAGGCAGUCAAAGAUCAAGUGGUUUUAGCAAUGAGUACAUUGUGAUAACCAUAUUGGUUGCUGCUGAGGGAGUUCACAAGUUGCCUACUAUAAAUAGCAGCUCUGACUUGAAGACAGCUCUACAAAAGCUUGGUGCUGUACCCUCAAGCAAAAUACUGGCGGUUGAGGUCUUAUGGACUCCACAAAAUGAGAAUGAUACAUUGUCAGAGCGAGAACUCCUUGAAGAUUACCCACUUUUGAGACCGCUAUAGAAGGAUUAAGAUGUAGAUUGCCCCUAAAAGAUCAAGUUGUCGAUUCAUUUUUGACAGUUAACUUUAUUAACUUUAGCUCAGUUUUUUGGUUUGUAAGAAUAUAAUUGUAAAUGAAGUCACUCUUAGCAUGUACAUGGAAGUUUGCUCAAUGCAACGAUGCUGUGUUGCAGAUUCUGUCAAUAGUAUGGUAAUCUUGAUCAGUGUGCCUGACACGGCUCAAGUUUGUAAAUAAAUUGUUCUGAAUGAACAUUUUACUAUAGUUGUAUGUUUAAUAGUAUAUGAACAUGUGUUUUAAUAGUA